AUGAUGUUCAUGCGUGGUCUGUUUCUGAUAUCCUUAUCAAAUGUGUACUGCAAGAGAGUAGUAACUCCAAUUUACGAUGAGUUUCCGUGGCUACUCGAACUUGUGAAAGAAGUGACGAAUAGAACUCAUAAGUAUACCCCACAAUUGGUGGAUGAGGCCGUUAUGUAUUUACGAUCCCACCCGAAUUUAGAACAUGAAAUCAAAGCUGAAAUACUUCUGACUGCUAAAUACGACGAACCAUACAACCCGGCAGAGGCUCUCGAAGAAGCUGUCAGUCUUUGGAAAUCUAAUGCACAGAAUUGGACGGUCAUGAACGCCACGACCGAUGUUGGGUGCGCACGUCGUGAUAAUGAGCAAACACAUAUGCUAUCGAAGCAUCCACAGUUACUGGAAGUACAAGAGUCACAUGAUGAUGAUCAGGGGCUUCUAGCGUGCUAUUUCUCGUUCUAA